AUUAACAAGUAAAAUAGAUUUGUAACUCUUAUACUAUUUUCGAUUUUGCAAAUUUGCUGAACUCAAAUCUAUUUUUCUCUGAGUGUUCAGUUUUACGAGUUCUGUUUUAGUUUUUCUACGUCAUUGACCAAGUUUAUCGUUCGUAAAUGUUGAUAGUCAAGAUUUUCAUCCUUAUAACUAACUAUAAGUCAUAAUUAUUAUAGCCAGAUAUAUAAACAAAAUAAUAAAUCAUAAAAUGUCUACUUUAUGUGAACGGUGUUUUAUAUUGUGAAUGAUUUUAAAAAAGGGAAGAUACAUAGUGCACGAAGUUUAACAAUUUUUUAUCAUUAACUUACAAGACAUGUGAAUUGUGCAUUUUAUCAUAAUAUUGUGAGUGAAUCUUUAAAAAAAGAUUGUCCAGCAGUAAAUUUUUUUUGAUAAUAUUUCAUUCAAUUCUUAUACACGAUUAUGUGAAAGUUUACUGAAAAAUCCAAUUUAAAAUUUUUACUGCAAGCUUUAUGAAUCUUUAUUCUGAUGUGAGUAAAAAUGGCUUUGCCUAUGUCAGGCAAAUAUUGCGUGAUUGUUCCAGUGGUGUUUAUAUUAGUGAGCAGUUUUCUGUUUACCGGCUAUGCAUUUCGUGUCCGCGAUUCUAUUAGUGGAAAUGUGGACACAUGUCACUCUGCUAGUGGUAAAUGUACCACUGAAUCUUCUUCUUCAAAACAACUGAAGCGUCAAUUUGAUAAAGUAAGCGUAAGAGGAUCUUUUGCUAAAAGUAGACAUAAUCCAUUAAAUGUCAAUCAUGAGAAAAAUGAAAUAGUUGCUCAUUUGAAUAGUAAAAAAAAGGAAAUUCUAGUAAAAUCAAAUGUAGUUGAUGAUAUCGAUGAUGAGAUUGACAAUGAUGAUGAUCAUAUACAAAUAGAAGUUGAAGAAGAUAAUGAAUUUUCCGAAUCACUUGAAGCAGAGAAUAUGAAAGUACAUGAUUCGUCGAAAAAUAAGUUGCGCGAAGAAAGUACAAAAAAAAAUAAUGUACGGAACGUCAAAGAUGAAAAAUAUAAUAGGAAAAUUCAAGAAAGUGAUAACAAACAAAAUCAAAAUGAAAAAAACCGAAAAUUGAUACCAGAACAAGCAGUAAAAGUUAAUAAUAAUAAAGUGGAAAAUCAAAUUACCGAUCAAAAUCAAUUUCAAGAAAUUUCUAAAAACAAAGAAAGACACGAAGGUAGAGUAGCAAAAACAAAUGAACAAAAACUAAAAAGAGGAACAAGUUCUCAGAAGGUGAAAGAUGAAAUAAACGAUGAAGAAUCUAGGUUUAUAUCUGAAAUAGAGAAAAAGAGAGAUGAAGAACGUCUUCAACGAUUAAAAAAAGAAGUAGAAGAAUCGAAGCUUCGAGGAGAAAAAAAUGUAAAAAAACUAAAAAAUACGAAUAGCGAUGAAGAAACUGAUGAAAUUUUUGGGGAAGAUACUGAAAUUGGCGAACAAAGUGAUAAAGGUAGUGAUGAAGAAAAUAAUAAUGAAACUAAUGAUGACAUUAACGAGAAAAAUUGCGAAGAAAAUGAUGAAGACGACAAUUUGAAAAAUGGUGAAGACGAUGACGAUGAAAAUGAUAGUGAAAGAGAUGAAGAAGAUGAAGAAAGUAACGAAGAGGAGAAAAUAAAUGAAGACAAAAAUAAGGAAGAUGAUGAAGAGGAAGAUGAAGAAAAUGAGGAAGAAAUCGAGAACGAAGAUGAAGAAGAAAAUGAAGUUAGUGAAGAGGAAAACGAGGAAGAAGAUGAAGAAGAAAUUGAAGAAAGUGAGGAAGAAAACAAACAAGAAACUGAAAAAGAAAUUGAAGAAAGUGAGGAAGAAAACAAACAAGAAACUGAAAAAGAAAAUGAAGUAAGCGACGAGGAAAUCGAGGAAGAAGAUGAAGAAGAUGAGGAAGAUGAAGUAAUCGAAGAAGUAAAUAACGAAGUAAACGAGGAAGAAGAUGAAGUAAAUGAAGUAAGCGAAGAAGUAAAUAACGGAGAAAACGAGGAAGAUGAUGAAGAAAACGAAGUAAGUGAAGAAGUAAAUAACGAAGAAAACGAGGAAGAAGAUGAAGAAAACGAAGUAAGCGAAGAAGUAAAUGAAGAAGAAAACGAGGAAGAAGAUGAAGAAAAUGAAGUUAGCGAGAAAGUAAAGAAAGAAGAAAACGAAGAAGAAGAUGAUGAAAAUUACGAUGAUAACUAUCAAUCAAAUCAAAAUACUAGUAAUGAAGAUGACAUGGACGAUGAAGAUAAUAAUGCAAAGGAAAAUAAUAAAAAAACUGAUUCUGGAGAUGAUAAUAAUGAUGAUGACGAACAUGAGAAAAGUCAAGAUGAAAAUGAGAGUAGUAAAAAUGACAAAUACAAUGAAAUAUCAGUCGAGGAACGUUUAGAAGAAGAUAAAUUAGAAGAUGAAGAGGUUGAAAAUAUCAAUCAAACAGAAGACAAAAUGAGCAGAGUAAAAAAUGAUUCCUCAAGUUCGAAAAAUCACAAUUCUAUUAAAAAUGUAACAACUGAAAAUUUUGAUGAAAAACCUGAUGAGAUUUUAGAUUCAAGUCCAUCAAAUCGUCCGGAAGUUUUGUCGAACACAUUAAAUCCCCUUAAUGAUGUGUUUCUUGGCAUUCCGACUUUCGUGCCAAAUUUUACUGCAGCUGAGAAUCGAGAUUGUCGGUUACAUGGGUCUAUCUUUUUAGAACAAUUACGGAAUUAUAAAUUAUGGGCUCUUCAAAUGUUGGAUUCAAGUGCGAAAAUACCAGCAGGAUUAUUGAGAGGAAAUGUUAACCAAUUUGGAGAUUUUGAUCAAUGUUUAGCUGUGUCAGCAAAUAUAACUUUAAAGAAAAAAAUAAUUCAGAUACAAGGGAAAUAUUGCUUGGCUAAUAUUGAUCUUGUUGCAUUGGAAAAUGCUACUAAGCUUCCUGUUCAUCUUAUGCAAAGUCAAGAGCUAAUAAAAGGAAACAUGCAUGAUCCAGGUCACUUUGUACCAAAAUUCACGACCGCCAACUGGGCAAUUUGUAUUCCAGCAGCUUGUUCAGUACAAGAUGCUAAAAAAGCAAUUCAAAGUGCAUUGGCGCAUUACGUAGAAACUAUAGGUAUUAAGUUUGAUGUUGAUGUUGAUUCAAAUAUGUGCUACGUAAAACAAGAAAAUCAAACUUAUUCUAAAGAGACUUUUGGUGUACUAUAUUUAUUUGGAAUAUUUAUAAGUAUAACAAUUAUAGCUACAAUCAAAGAUUAUUUUAAAAGCUCCGAAGAAAAAGGCAGCUACUCGACAAGAAUGAUAAUGUCUUUUUCUUUGAGAAGAACGCUUAGAGAUUUGUUUGGUUACAAGCCACCAAGCUCUCAUGAAAUCGGUUGCAUCCAUGGAAUAAGAACUUUGGCCACGAUUGCUUUGUUCGUCGCGCAUAAACUGAUUCCUCUAUCGAGAAUUCCAUACGUCAAUCGAUCGUCUCUUACUGAGAUCGCAAGUAGCCCAUUGAGUGUUGUUCUUCGAACUUCAUUAUUUUAUACUGAUUCAUUUUUACUGUUGAGUGGAGUUCUUACCGCUUACAAUAUGUCCGAAGAGUUAAAGAAACGAGGUGAAAUCCGUUGGCUCAAUCGUUUGGUAGCAAGGUAUAUAAGGUUGACACCCUUAUUGGUAGUAGUAAUAUUUUGGUAUGCUUAUGUGAUGGAGCACAUUGGAUCGGGGCCACAAUGGAACUCAGUUGUUAAAAAUAAUGCUGAUAUGUGCAAGGAAAGUUCGUGGAUUAAUCUUCUUUAUGUUCAAAAUUUUCUUCCCUUCCAAGAAAUGUGCGCAACUCAUACACAUCAGCUGGCAUUAGAUAUGCAAUUAUUUUUAGUCGCACCAGCGAUUGUAUUUUAUUUAGUAAUGAAACCAAUAUUUGGGACCUUGAUAGUUCUGCUGCUUAUUCAAAUAUCAGCGACUUUCAGAUAUUUUGCAACAGCUCAUAACAAUUUGUCGCUAGUUAUUUUUCAUGGAAUGACAGUGGAUCAAUUGUAUAAAACCGCAAAUUUAACGUACAUAUUACCUCAUCAUCGAGCAACUCCGUACUUAUUUGGAGUAAUUCUUGGCGUGAUUUUACAUCGAACUGGCAAGAAAGUUCAUAUUUACAAGAUUUUUGUUCUGUUAGGGUGGUUAAUUGCCAUAGCUCUGGGUGCUUGGUCUUUACUGUCACCUUGGCGAUUAGCUACAAAAAAUUAUGUGUAUAAUGUAGAAGAAGCUACUUUUUAUGCAGUUCUCAGCCCAAUAGCUUCAGCCAUAUCAUUAUGUUGGGUCAUAUUUGCUUGCUUUACUGAUCAUGGAGGAAUUAUUAACCGAAUGUUGUCAAACUAUUGGAUGAUAUUUUUUAGCAAAUUAUCGUACGCAAUUUAUUUAUCUCAAUUCGCUGUAUUUUUUUAUAAUGUCGGUACUGUCCGUUACUCUUCUGAAUUUCAGCUUUUUAAAGUGAUAGACAUUUUUGAAAUAAUAGCAGUUCUGGUAGUAUCGAUUAUAUUGACGCUUUUGUUUGAUAUUCCUAUGCAAGAAGUCAAAAGUGUUAUAAUUGAAUGCAGUGAAACUAUAACUUACGACAGUGUUAAGUUACCUCAAGAAUCAUCAUCCCCUCAUGUGAAUGACUCGAGCAGUGUUAAACUUACCUCAGAGCAAGUAACUUCGGAGGGUACAAACGAUUCGUGGCUUUCGCGUAUCAGAGAACUUAGAAAAUCAGAGACACAGGAUUAUGAGGACAAUGAGCUUGAUAAUCCUUAUCAAAAUUCAAGGUAUGGUAGUCAAGAUUCAAGACGUCAUUCUUUUGUGAGAUCGAGAGCUUAUGAUGAGUGGGAUGAUCGGGAAAGCAGAAGAAGUUCGAGGCCAGAUCCUUAUUACGUAGAUGAUAGAGGUGGAAGUAGAUAUGAUUACCGAAGAAGUAGUUCAAGAUAUGAAGAUGAUUAUGAUUACAUACAUCCUAAUGAUAGAUAUUACGCUAGUGGGUAUUCGAGAUCUCCAAUGAGAGAUAUGGAUAAUAGGUAUCGCAGGUCAGCUUCUCGAGACAAACCAUAUGAUUCUGAUGUUUCUACAAGGGAAUACUCAAGAAGACCUGUUAUAACAAUUAAUAGAGAAGAAAAUUAUCGAAAUUCUCGUACGCCGUAUUCGCGAAUGUAUGAGCAGCAAAGAUCUAUAUCGACUGAUACUGAAUUCGAGGGAUAUGGAAAUCGUAGAAGUAGUGCACAUAUAAACGGGCGUCGAUCUGCUGAGCCACGAAUGAAUAGUGAAGAUGAGUGGGCAGAAGAAAUGUACGUUCGAAGAAGUCGCUUCAGUUCCCAAGAACGUGAGGGGGUCCCGCCACCUGUCAACGACGACGAGCUCGAAUUGUGGAAUUCAUUAAAGCGUAGAUCUUCAGCUGAAGGAAAAUUAGCUCUUUUGCGUGAACCAAUGAGGCCUGGUGACAUGGAGCUGUGGACCGUCUCUAAAAUGGCAUUAGGAUCAUCACUAGAUCCUGAUGACGAUGAGGUUGAGGAAGGAUUGUACAAUCAGCAGAGACGAGAGUAUAGAGAACAAGGUCCUCCACUCAGGGAAAAAUCUAGUCAAGGUUUCACAGAGACCCAACCAACCUCUCAUGAUAAUGAUGAUGAUGUGAUUAGUUAUGAAUUUUCAUUAAAUAAAAAUGAUAAAAAAAUUACUGUUCAAGAUUUGAGCCGAUUGUCAGCUGAUAAUGAUUCUAUUAAUUGGAAUAAAUUGGAUGUGAAAUCAGGUCUCAUCAAGAGAGAAUCAAUCAUAAAAAGCCAAGCAAGUGAAGAAGAUCCAGAGUAUAUUAUUCCUGAACGUCCAAAGUUGGUUGAACAAGAACAAGAACAUCCUUUUAAAAAGGCUUGGCAGUUACAAAAAUCGAGAUCCGAGGAAGAAGGCCGACCUUUUAUAGUAAAGGACCAAAAAUCGUCUAAUUUAUUGCCAGAUAAAUCAAAAGAAGCUAAAGAAGCGGUUGACGACCAAAAAAAUAACUCUAGUGCUCAAUCAGAAGAUUUGGACCAAGCUCCAGAUGUAUCUUGCGAUGUAACCAUUAUUUGGCAACCUCGAAACAAAUACAAAGAAAGUAAUGUAAAAAGCGAUUCUGAUAUAUCUUCAACUUCUCACCAAUGGUCGGACGAAGAAAAUGAAAAUUUUAGAGAGAGAAGAAAAUCAAAUGAUGAAAACUGGUCUUGGACUGAAUGCGAAACUGAAAAACUGGAUUAAAAGUAAUAAUUAAAUAAUAUUGAAAUAUAUUUAAAUUACACAUCAACAAAGCUAUUGCCGUGAGCCGUUUGAAUUUUAAAAAUUGAUUAUGUACUCGUAAUUGGAUAGGGUUUUUGUAAAUUGAUAUUUUAUUUCUUCUUUUUUACGUAAACCAAAAUUAUAAUGGUUCAUUACAUUUAAAUUAUGUAAUUACCAAAAUUUUUUCAUUAAAUAAGAAUAUUUUUUACAUACAAGUAU